CUCCCAAUUCACAGUUGCAACUCUACAAAUUUUCAUCCCCCUUUCGAUUACCGUUCGUGUGGAUUCCAUUAAAGAUGGAAUAAGUGCAGGACAAUGAAAAUCAUUGUGACGGGAAUUAACUAUCGUGAAGAAAUUUUAAAAGAGUAUAUUUAUAUCGGAAGAAAUUCCAUCUCCCGGCAUAUCAUUCUACUUCGACCAUAUUUUCUCAGGGUUUAUUGAAAGAUUAUCAUGUUCCUGUUACGAAAUUAGACCAGAGGGAUCACCAAUCAGGUCUCGCAGAUUUGCAACGUGCUGAAGAAUCAUUAGGAUAACAUAUUUAAAACUGACCGAGAAGAUAGGAAAGAUCACAAGUUAUUAACCUAAUAACAAUCUUUGUGCAGAUUAAUGAGGAUACGGGGUUACCUAAAUGAGAAAAAAAUCACAAUGCCCCACAGCUCUAAUCUAUUACGAAUAUUAUUGAUUCUACUUAUUUUUCAUAAAAAAGCAUCCAGAGGAAUCGAGUGUUAUCAAUGCAGAAGCGACAAGAACGAUGAGUGCACCAGGGAUAAUGCAGACAUCAAGUAUCUUCAAAAUUGUCCAGAUUCCUGUAAUUACUGUCGAAAAUCCACGAAUCAAUAUUAUUUUACCGAUUCAUCGGAGCUAAUAGUUAUAAGAGAAUGCGCAAAAUUAUGGACAGAGGGAAAGGAAUGUUAUCGUGGAAGGUAUACACGCGACAGUUUUCAGUAUAUAUGUGAAUGCAGAGGUUCCGGUUGCAAUCGGUCCUCCACUUCCGUAUCCAGUUUCUAUCAUAUUAUUAUAUUCCGUCUCCUUCCAUUUACUUUAUUACCGUAUUCGUUUCUAUAGCAGAAUUAUUAUCAGCGCGUGAUCGCCGUAAUUAAGAGUAACGCUAUGAAUAAUUAAAUAUACGAGAUCGUAAUGAGGCAUUGAAAAAUUGUUUAUUAAAAAAAAUUAUAAAUCAUUAAAAGCCUAGGAUGUUG